AUGUCGCCCGGAGAUGGAUGGACCAAGACUACUUUCAGAAACCAUGAGACUUUUCCGAUAGCCAUUGUCGGUGGCGGUCUUGGUGGCCUUGCCCUUGCAAUCGGUCUGCUCAGAUAUGGUGUCAAAGUACACAUCUACGAAGCUUCCGCAGCCUUCUCAGAGAUAGGCGCUGGUGUCACAUUCGGCGCCAACGCCACGACUGCGUUACACUUGAUCGACCCUCGAUUGCUGGAAGGCUUCAUGAAACAUGCAACUUUCAACACAGAUCCUGAGCGGGAUGAUACUUUCAACACGAUUAGAUGGGGUAUGGAUGAGAGACGAACCCAUGGAUCUAAAGCUGGAGACCUCGCAUUCCAUCAGAACGACUCAUAUCAGCCACAGGGUGCGCUAGCCCGACUUCGAAUGCGAGGUCGUAUACACCGAGCGCGACUGCUCGACGAGAUGGUUGCGCUACUUCCCACGGACAUAACAAGUUUCAGCAAGAGCUUCGAAAGCGUCGAAGAAGUGGGUAAUGGAGUCCUCAAGCUAACAUUUACCGAUGGGACGACUUCACUAGCUAGCGCAGUCAUUGGCUGUGAUGGCAUUAAAAGUAGAGUACGGGGCUUUGUAUGUGGUCCAGACAUCCAGCCGAGAUAUGCCCACGAAGUAGCGAUGAGAGCCAUGGUUCCAGGAGAGGAAGCCAAGAGGGCACUUGGAGAAGAGAUGGCUAUGAACAGCCAGCUGUACUGUGGCUACGGAGGAUACAUCGUAACAUAUCCUGUUGAGCAUGGUCAAUUUGUCAACAUGGUCGCCAUGCCACACGACCAAUCCUUCACCAGUACUUGGGGUCAGGACGACUGGACAGUAUCGACAAAUGGGGACGAGGUUCGCGAAAAGUUCAAAGACUAUUAUCCGCCGCUCAUCGAUCUCAUUGCCAAAUACCAUCUGCCCUCGAAAUGGGCACUCUUCACCCUCCAACACAAUGCAUCAUACUUCAAGAACCGUAAGUGUCUCCUGGGUGAUAGUGCACACGCCACGACACCUCACAUGGGAGCUGGGGCUGGCAUGGCUAUGGAAGAUGCAUAUAUACUUAGCCACCUGAUCGUUACUGCUGGAAGCAUCGACAACAUAGAGGCUGCAUUCAAGGCCUACGACGCUGUAAGACGGCCAAGGACGCAGGAGCUGAUUCAACGGAGCAUGGACGCUGCUCUAGCAUACGAUCUCAUGAUUGAAGGAGUAAAGGAUGAUAUGAGCAAGAUCGAAGAUAGGAUCAACGAGAGCUUCCAAUGGCUCUGGCAUGCUGAUUUGGAAGCGCAGUUGAACAGUGCGACAAUGCUCUUGAAGGAGUGA